AUGCCUCGUACCUUCUUUCGCAAAUUGCUCACAUACUUAUCCUCUAAAAAUGAGUUGGAUGUUGUUCUUAAUGACGAGGUCGAUAGACAGUCAUCGAGAGAUCGUGGCAAUCAUCAAUGCCGUAAGUUCAUUCGGCGUGAUCAUAUUCAAGGGCACAAGCGCAUAUUUCGUGAUUAUUUCACAGAAAAUUCAAUAUAUCCCUGGAAUCUAUUUCGAAUGAGAUUUCGGAUGAGCUGUCCCCUAUUUCUUCUUAUUCUAAAUGAGGUAGAGUCUUACGAGCAGUACUUCGUCCAAAGAAGAGAUAGUGCCGGAAGAAUUGGUUUAUCUUCUAUGCAAAAGAUAAUCGUAUCACUUAGAAUGCUGGCAUAUGGGGUUACUGGAGAUUUUAUAGAUGAAUACAUACGUAUUGGUGAAAGUACUGCAAUUGAGAGCCUCAAAAAAUUCUCUGAGACAAUAGUAAGUGUUUUUUCAGAAUCAUACUUGCAGUAA